AUGCCUGCGUUUUUUAUGAAAUCCAAGCCGAAUGGCGGUGGUAAAAAAGGGGGCGGAGCCUCCAAUCGAAAGAGGAAAUCAAUGGGAAAAACGGAGCAAAACGACGAGACCGCGGCGAAGCUAUCGAGAAGACAGAAGUUGAUGGCGGCGACGGAGAUUCAUUCGGAUGAUGAGGAUUCCCUUGCCGGAAGCGCCGUCGGAUCGGACGCCGGAAGUGAUGUGGAGUAUGAGGAUGUGCACGAGAGAAACUAUCGUGAAGCCAAGAAUCUUCUCGAGAAAAUUCAGAGUACUGUAACAACACAAGAGGAAGUGGCCGAGAAGCUUUGCGAGGAUGCCGCGGCGCGUUCUGGCACCCAAAUGAAGCGAAUCGCCGAUGUUGUUGAGCUGGACGACGAUUUGGAGAUUGCCUAUAAGGCGCACAGAUUGACACCACUGUGUGUCGCGUUCUCGCCAGAUGGAAACUAUGUGAUCAGCUGUGGAAAAGAGUCCAGUAUUGUGAAAUACAAUGUACCAUCUCGAAAAGUGGUCGGAGUCAUCAAACGACACAAAAAACGCGCCGGUGUCCCAGAAGAACCGACUCAUGCUCACUACGGUGUCAUUUUCGCCGUCGCCGUGUCGCCAGACCAGAAAUUCGUCGCUUCCGGUGGUUUUGAUCAAGCUGUUAAGAUCUGGAAUUUCGACACCCUGGACCACGUCAAAGACCUCUCCGGCCAUCGUGGACCCAUUUUCUCGCUUCAAUUCCAGCUGAAAACCAAUAAUCUGUUCUCGGCCAGUCAGGAUCGUGCUGUGAAGAUGUGGGACAUUGACCAGUUGGGACUCGUCGACACAAUGUACGGACAUCAGGAUGGCGUUCAACAGAUUGGCGUGCUGUCGAAACAACGCGUGGCUACUGUAGGCGGCAGAGAUCGUAGCGCGCGUCUUUGGAAAGUCGAGGAUGAGAGUCAGCUGAUGUUCACCGGCCUAUCGAACUGCGUCUCGCUGGACUGUGUCUCAAUGAUCAACGAGGAGCACUUUGCGACUGGAUCUGCUGAUGGAAGCUUCCUAGAAUUUCACCUAUCCCAGAACUACCGUAAUCAAAAAAGCCACAGCCCUCCUAGGGAAGGAUAUAUGGAGGCGCAGAGGAUCAGAUCCGGGUGUCGUUCUAUUAGAGGUUUUACGGCUAUCUCACAUCAGGGUCCAGCUGUAUUUAUGGCUCCCGGACAUUUCGCAGCCUCUGAUAACGUCAGAAAAUCAGAAUUCCAAGUUCUUCGAUUUAGAAAAAAAUAA